UAUUAAUAGAAGAAUAAUAGUUGAAUAAUAUAGUAUUAUUAAGGGGUAAGAAAAAGAAAAUGAUGAGAGUGGCAGUGGUGGGUGGUGGAAUAAGUGGAUUGGUUUCAGCAUAUGUGUUGGCCAAAGAAGGAGUGAAUGUGACUCUUUAUGAAAAAGAAGAUUAUUUGGGAGGUCAUGCAAAAACUGUGAAUGUUGAGGGUCUUGAUUUGGAUCUUGAUUUUAUGGUCUUCAACCGGGUAUCUUAUCCUAACAUGAUGGAGUUGUUUGAGAAUCUUGGAGUUGACAUGAAAUUAUCAGACAUGUCAUUUGCCAUUAGUCUUGAUGGCGGUCGCGGCUGUGAAUGGGGCAGCAGAAACGGUUUGUCUGGUUUGUUUGCACAGAAGAAGAAUGUGAUCAACCCUCACUUCUGGCAAAUGCUUAGGGAAAUUAUCAAGUUCCAAGAUGAUGUUACAAGCUAUCUUGAUAUGCUUGAUAACAAUCUGGAUAUGGAGCGCAAUGAGACCUUGGAGCAAUUCAUAAAGACAAAGGGUUAUUCUGAAUUAUUUGUAAAAGCAUAUCUUCUCUUUGGAAGACCGCAAUGGCUAACUGUUAAACAUCGUUCACACACUUAUAUUAAGAAGGUCAAAGAAGAGCUUGUUAUAAGAGGUGGUCAAGCAAUUACAAAUUGUGAGGUGGAAUUGGUUUCAGCAACAGAAAAUGGAUGUCUUGUGCACUGCAAAGAUGGUUCCAAAAAAAUGUAUGAUUGCUGCAUAAUCGCGACACAUGCACCUGGCGCUUUGAGAUUAUUAGGAGAGGAAGCGACAUACGAUGAGAGAAGAAUUCUAGGUGCUUUUCAAUAUGCAUAUAGUGAUGCUUUUCUUCACCAUGACAAAAAUUUAAUGCCCCGAAAUCCAUCAGCAUGGAGUGCAUGGAAUUUUCUUGGAUGUAACAAUAAUAACAGAGUUUGUGUGACAUUCUGGCUCAACAUUCUUCAGAAUCUUGGUGAAACAAGAUUACCCUUUCUUGUAACUCUAAAUCCAAAUGAUACACCAAAAAACACCCUUCUUAAGUGGUCAACUAAACAUCCAGUUCCAUCAGUUGCUGCAUUCAAAGCUUCACAUGAGCUUCAAAAAAUUGAAGGAAAAAGAGGAAUUUGGUUUUGCGGCGCUUACCAAGGUUGUGGAUUUCAUGAAGAUGGAUUAAAGUCUGGCAUGAUUGCUGCAAAUGCAGUUCUUGGAAGAUGUUGUUCCCUCCAAACAAAUCCCAAACACAUGGUACCUUCCUGGAAAGAACUUAGUGCACGCUUUUUUUUGAUGAGAUUCCUAAGUUCCUAUGUCAAUACCGGUUGUUUAACUUUAUUGGAGGAGGGAGGAACAAUGUUUACCUUCAAAGGAACCGAUAUGAAGUGCUCUCUAAAGUGUGUUAUGAGAAUCCACAGUCCCCAAUUUUAUUGGAAGGUUAUGACACACGCGGAUUUAGGCCUUGCAGAUGCAUAUAUUAAUGGAGACUUCUCCCUUGUUGAUGAAGAUGAAGGUCUUCUGAAUCUUUUUCUGAUUUUCAUAGCAAACAGAGAAUCAAAUGAUUCAAGCUCAAAAUUAAAGAAAAAUAGGGGUUGGUGGACACCAGUUUUCCUUACAGCUGGUUUAGCAUCUGCGAAUUUCUUUGUUAAGCAUUACUUUAGAAAAAAUACUAUCGCACAAUCUCGUCGCAACAUCUCUAUGCACUAUGACCUGAGCAAUGAAUUAUUUGCACUGUUCCUGGAUGAAACAAUGACAUAUACAACUGCAGUGUUCAAGAACGAAGAUGAAGAUUUGAAAGACGCACAGAUGAGAAAAAUGUCUCUUCUCAUUGAAAAAGCUAGAAUAGACCAGACACAUGAAAUUCUUGAGAUCGGAUGUGGAUGGGGAAAUUUAGCCAUUGAAGUCGUCAAACAAACCGGCUGCAAAUGCACUGGCAUCACUUUGUCUAUAGAGCAACAAAAACUUGCGGAAAAAAGAGUUAGAGAUGCUGGACUUCAGGAUCAUAUCAAAAUUCUUCUGUGUGACUAUCGCCAACUAUCGAAGACAUUCAAAUAUGAUAGGAUUAUAUCUGUUGGAAUGAUAGAAGCAGUUGGUCAUGAAUACAUGGAAGAGUUUUUCGGUUGUUGCGAAUCACUAUUGGUAGAUGAUGGACUCCUAGUUCUCGAGUUCAUAUCGAUCCCGGAUCAGCGUUACAAUGAGUGUAGGCGCAGUUCUGAUUUCUUGAAGGAAUAUAUUUUCCAUGGGGGAUGUCUUCCCUCCCUAAAUAGGAUAACAUCUGCCAUGGCAGCUACAUCAAGAUUAUGUGUAGAGCAUACUGAGAAUGUGGGACCUCAUUACUACCAAACAUUUAAGAGGUGGAGAACUAGCUUCCUUAAAAAUCAGAGUAAAAUUUUGGCUCUUGGAUUCGAUGAAAAGUUCAUCAAGACUUGGAAAUAUUAUUUUGAUUUCUUAGGUGCAGGUUUUAAGUCACGAACAAUUGGAAAUUAUCAGAUUGUUUUCUCAAGGCCUGGCAAUAUCACUACACUACAGGAUCCAUACAAAAGUUGGCCCUCGGCAUAAUGUUGAGAACAAGCCAUGACACAUAAUAAUAGCAUACCACGUUGCUGCUUUACAAAUCACAAUUACAAAGGGAAGAUUGGGCGAUUAUUCAUUUUUAAUAUAAAAAAGAAUAUGUUUUGCAGUACAGACUAC